AUGAAAAGGUCGAUAUCCCCUUCCGGCCCCGGAGCCAAAAAAUCAAGAACCACGUCGUGCGAACGAUGCCAGAGACGAAAACAGAAAUGCGACCACAUGCUACCAACGUGCACAAACUGCCUCAAGGCCGGCGUCACCUGUGUGCAGCCCGAAAAGUACGCCACCAAGGCCCCCGAGAAGGACGACUACGUGCUGCAUCUGGAGAAGAAGGUGGCCAUGCUGGAGGACCUGAUAGCUCGACAACAAGGCCAGUCGCGAGUGUCAGACGCCUGUAACGGCGUCAAGGAGUCCCAGGCACAUCACCACCACCACUCCCAUGGGUCGCUGGGUCAUAACCAUAUUCUUUCGCCGGGUAUUCCUCUUCCUCUACAACAACAGGGAGGGCCGACAUCGUCACCAAACGCUCCCCCUACUCCCUCGGAACCACCCAACCGAACAGUUUCAAUUCUCAACGUCGAUCCCAACAGUAACUCGACAGCGCCACAGUCGUUUUCGGUGGUUUCACAGCGGCUUCAGGACUCGUUAUGGGACAGCCAUCUGGCGACAGAAACGAACGUGCCCGUGGAUCCUUCUUCCGAAGGAUUCCUUAUUCCGCCACAGUUUGACUUCUCGCCAUACAAAGGAGACCCUGUGGAGCAACCCAGCAGUGAACUGGCCGACAAGCUUCUCGAGACGUUCUUCCUCAAAGUCCAUACUCGUCUACCCAUGGUUCCCCGACAUGAGUACCAGCAAAUGUACAGACUGCGAUUUGACAAACCUGUGGGUGCAUUCAACUCGGCUGCAUACACAGCAUACCGUGUCCGGUGUUUUCGACUGUAUAUUGCCUAUGCUGCUGCUGCCAUGAUUCUCGAUAUGGCCGACCAGUAUGAAGGGCCUGACUACAUGGGCUACUUUUACAUGGCCAUGAGAUACGGUCAAUGCGCCAAGGUGGACGAUCCGUGUCUGCAGAUUGAGGCCUGUCUGUUCGCCAUUCAUGUGCUGGUACGAUGUGAUAACGAGGUUGAGUUGUACAAGAAGUUUCUCGACAUUGCAACCUUGCUGUCGUCACAGGCGUUGCUGCACAAGAAGGAGACAUACGAGGGGCUGUCUCGAACCGACAGCAACCGUCUAAAAAUCAGCUUUUGGGCGACUUACAACAUUGAACGGAUCGUCCACAGUGGACUAGGCCGAAAGAAGUACAGACACCUGGAAGGUGAUAUCACCACGGACAUUGAUUUCGACCUGGAACCGCCAUAUGCACCCAAGCAGGUUGAAAAUGACGGCUCUGAGCAUGGUGACUCGGGAACCAGCACACCUACUAUCAAAGACGACCCCUUAGCUCGAAUUAACGGUUCCAGAGUUCUGAAACGGAUUCUUAAGCUGCGCAGAAUUGAGUCUGAGAUUAGAGAACACAUUUAUCUCGAUGACAGGCCUCUCGAUGAACAGAUUCUCAAGGUGCAACCGUUCCUGGACAAACUGGAGGACUGCAAGACGGAGAUCAUCCAGAUUGGAGGCAUGGACAAGGACCUGCAUCACUUGCAUUACUCGCGCGUUAUGCGUAUGCUACUGCAGCCGUUUCUGGGUCGUCUGGAUCCCACGUCUGACCUGUUCCGCAAGUGUGUGACUGCCACCGAAGACAUGAUCAAGAUCUUCAAGGAAUACUUCUGGAACUCGCAGCGGGGUUUCACCAUCUCGUCUAUCCAUACCAUCUUCGUCUGUGGCCUCACUCUGCUUUACUCUCUGUGGCUGUCCAAGCAUCACUUUCCCAUCCACAUUUUGGACGGUAUUCGAGACUGUUCGGUGACUCUGGCGAUUAUGAGCGCCCGGACACGCCUCGCAAGAGGAUAUAGAGACACGUUUGAGAACAUGACCAAGAGCACGCUCAACUUCCUCAUUUCCAACGGCGCCAGUGGCUGUCUUAACGAGAGAGUCACAAAGUGCGAUGAGACAGGAUGCGUUGAAGUUGAGGCUGCUGUUGCUGCAGAUGCUCCAGUGGCAGCUGCUUCACCAGUGGGACAAUACUCAGAGCUCCACCCCAGCUAUGACGUACGAGUCAAGCGUGAACAGCAGGUGGCGGCUUCUCCCAAGCCUCCUGUGGCUGCUAAUGCUGCUACUGUUCUGGAAGAACCUGCUCCCGUGGUGGAUUACUUUAUGAACAACAUUAACGAUAGGCCCCCUCUUCCGAACAUCCCCAACAGCGACUUUUACUACUACGACGAUGAUAUGCAGAAUGUGGUGCAGGACAUCAGCUCAUGGGCGCGGCAGACAAACGAGAUUGAGGUGUUUGAAAACGGCACGGCGAAUGCCCAGGUCAACACUGGGCUGUGGAGACAGCUUGAUUACGGCUUCACCUAG